AUAAGGAGGAGAUCUGCUGGCCUCAAACCAUGUCCUAAAUGGCCAGAGCCGGGCACAGCUUCAGUUGAGCAUCCUCUGAGGCGGAGACAGCAUGAUGAUUAUAGCCUUGAUCCUCCCCAUAGCAGCCUGUGUGUUCUCGUUGGGAGUUGGGCUGUGGGUUUUCUGCAACCAACUUGUGACCGAGUACAUCCCAACAGGGAUUGAACACCCCUUGAAACUGAGGAUCUUUAGCUACAUUUUCCAGCUGAUGAUGACAUGGGGGGUGAUUUUUGAGAAACUGGGACUCUGUCACAGAACAGAGUUUGUCAGUUUUUUGCAUGAUCUUCCACCACUAAAGAAGCAUCCAGGUGUUGUGGUCACAGAUCUCCGUUUUGGAACAAUCCCAGUGAAACUCUAUAGGCCUGAGACACCCUCAAAUAGUCCCAGGCCUGGUGUUAUCUUCUAUCAUGGUGGUGGGACCGUCCUGGGGAGCUUAAAAACUCAUAAUGGCUUCUGUGCACAUUUGUGCAAGAAGAGUGACUCAGUGGUUCUGGCAGUUGGAUACCGCAAGUCACCCAAGUAUAAGUUUCCAGGCAUGACAAUAGACUGUGUGGCAGCCACCAUCCACUUCCUAAAAUCCCUGGAUGUGUAUGGAGUGGAUCCAGCCCGAGUUAUUGUGUGUGGUGACAGCAUGGGAGCGGGCGUAGCAGCCUUGAUUUGUCAAAAGUUUGUGAACCAACCAGAUCUCCCCAAGAUUCGUGCCCAGGUUCUGAUCUAUGCUGCGCUCCAGUGCCUAGACUUCCAGUCCCCUUCUUACCAGCAGAACAGAAACAUCCCCCUGCUCACAUGGGAUCUUGCUUUCUACUGUUUCUGUUGUCACCUGGAUAUCAGCCUUUCCUGGAAAAGUACAGUUGAGAAAGGUGCUCAUUUGCCUCCAGAAGUCUGGGAGAAGUACAGAAAGUGGUUGGGUCCAGAGAACAUCCCAGACAGGUUUAAGAAGAGAGGCUAUCAGUCCAGGCCCCUUGAGCCGGUGAAUGAGGAUGCUUACCUGGAGAUGAAAAUUGUUACAGAUUGGUCAUGCUCACCCCUGAUCACAGAAGACGACAUAGUGUCUCAGGUACCGGAAGCUUUCAUUGUGAGCUGUGAGUAUGAUCUUGUCCGUGACAAUUCACUCCUGUACAAGAAGAGACUAGAAGACCUAGGGGUGCCAGUAACUUGGCACCAUAUAGAGAAUGGUAUUCAUGGAGUGCUUACCAACAUUGAAAAAGGUUUCUUCCAUUUCCCCUCCUCCAUAAGAAUUCUGGAUGUGACAGUCAAUUUUCUUAAGGGAUUGUGACCUUUUUGAGUUCCCAAGAAAGCUCUACUGUCAUCCAGCAACCCCCAGAACCCUCUGGAGCUGUUUUAAGUGACGCUGUGUGGGUCUAGGGAGGGAUAGUAGUUGUCUCCAUCCUAUUCUGGGUUCUAGAAUCGUACAAUGCAUGUUCUUUCUGCUGUCUGGAGCAGAAUAGAAGAGACAGAUUUGGACAGGGGGGUGGGGCUUUCUUUGUCCAUGUUCCCUGUUGGGGAAAUUUGAGUCCACCAUCUUAAGUGGCUAUUUGUGAGAGUGAAUCUGCACACAAAGGUUGCUCACAGCCUCAACUAGAGUUCAGUCUGUCUGGGCUGAUCCAGACUGAGUGUAACAGGGGUGUCUAGUUGGAAGGAUCUUGGAAAAGCCCAGGUUCAUCGUGUAAAAUCUCAUGGGACUUUUCCAUUUCUGCUCAGAAGGUGGCACUCUGGUGUUCCAGGAUGCUGGGUAAUGGCAGAAGUGGAGAAGGCCCCUUUGGGUACAGAGUGAUACUUCUUGCUGUUGCCCAGCCUCUGGGUGAAGAGUCUUGCAUGCCUAGUCUAGAAGAGUUAUGAUGGGGUGGAUAGAGUUUUCCAUGAUGACUGCUCACUUGAAGCAGAUGAAGACAGAGCUGCCUGCGUAUGGCAGCUUUGGAGCUCCUGAAGUCAAAGCUGAGCUUCUAACUAAUGACUCAAAAUAACACCAUAUGAGCUGGGAACAAAGCUGAUUACUGAGACCUAUGAGGGUUAACCAAACUCAGCCAUGUUCAUGGUGAAAAUUUGUGAGCAGGCCAAGGAAGAUGUAUUAAUGAGAACUCUUUCUAUUUUAAUGCACUGACCCAAUUCAGAGUGCUCCAGUCACAUAGAAAAUUGUAUUAGGUUAUGUAGUGAUGACUUCCAGGGAUAAAUCAGGUGUAGCUUGAACUAGGAACUCAAACAUUGCCAUCAGCUACUGUCUCUUCUUUUCUCUGAUUUCCUGUGUGGACUUCAUCUUCACCUCCCUAUAUGGUUGCCCUGAGCAAUUUCAUGCUUACAUUUUCCCAAAGUCAAGUUCAUUUUUAUGGACACAUCUUGUUCUCAGGUGUUCCAGCAAAAAGCUCCUUGUAACUUAAAGGCUCAACUGAUUUUCUUACUGAUGUAUCUAGUCGUCAAAACCAAGGGAUUGUAACGUUAUGAUGGGGCAGGCCCAGGUCCUAUGCUAUCCUCAGAGUGGAAAAUGGAGUCAACCUCUGCUGGCACUUGUGUCUCUGAGAAGUGUUUUACUUACUUUACUUAGUGCUGAGACAAAAUACCCAACACUCACAAGUUAAGGAUGG